AUAAUGACCAUAUGUUAGUAUAAGUCACCGUGUGCAAAAUGGAGACACUGUCUAUAUCUUCCUAAUUAUAUAUUUUUUUGCCUCCUGCACCGCCAAAAAUUGUUGGUUGAGUGAGACUAAAUUAUAAUAUUGGGUGAGUGCUAUGCCAUUUUUCAUAUUUAAUGGAGAAUAUAGUCCAGGACGAAUACCGGCGCACCCUCCUGAGGCUCCUUUAUUAUUAUGCCAGGAAAACUAUUAUCCUAACUUGGAAGUUGCCUGCCUCACCCACCCUAAAGAGAUGGAAAUCUAUAAUAAACCAAGCACUCCCCUGCUACAAGCUAACAAAUAUUAGUAGAGGCUGCCCAGAUAAAUUUACAAAGUCUGGGCUGAUAUGACUGAUACAAACACACCCCAGGAAUCUAUUUAGCAAAACCACCUACAUAUUUGGGAACAUAUGCUAACGCAAACCCACACGGCCUAAAUCACCCACCCAUCCCUGUUCGAGUGAUUUAUAAUACAAAAAUUAAGGGUUUGCUCUUCAAUUGUGGAAACCAUUGAUUCAGAGAUGGCUCUCAUUUUGGUGAAGGGUCCCUCAACCCAUGUGAAUAAUUAAUGUACACUUUAUAUAUUAUUGUAAAAUGAUCCUUUAUUUCUGUAUGUUGAAGAUGCAACCAAUACAUGAAAAACUUUAAAAAAAAAAAAGAGCCAAGGGCAUACAAAAUGAUAUGAGGCAUGUUGGUGUUAUUUUAAGAGUAAUUGUGAGAGGUUUGCCAUCACAAUAUUUAUAUGUUAUAUAGUGUCAAUCAUGCCUGAACUGGAUAAAUGCUUUAGCAAAUAACAGAGAGUGACUUUAUGCUGCAGAGAGUGACAGCAUCUGUCAUAGGGAUGGGGUCCUGGUGUCGGUCAUAUGUGAGGGACUCAACAGCUGAUAGGGGGAGGGGACUGGAGCCGUCCUUCUGAGUGGGUGAAGGGCAGGAUGGCAGCUGUUGUGGAAAAGUGCCUAUACUGGAUGGCUUUUCUCAUUUAAAGUUUGCCUAUCACUCUGUUCUCAAGUCUUGCUCUAGUUGCUCUGAAUGAUCUGAUCUUUCCAGAACUGUUCUGUGGCUCCUUCAUUUCACCCUUCUACUUCAGACCAGUUCAUUUUUUUCACUUUAAUUUCCCCCAGCAAAUUUCAGGAUCUGUCUUGCCUGCCAUUUCCCACUGUCUCUGUGCUCUGGCUAACCACUUCACUAGCACUAUUCCUGCAAGUUUCUUUUUCAAAUUUACAUUCUGACCCUGAGGAUGAUUUCUCUGACCAACUGUUUGUGUGCCCUGGUGAGUUUAUGUUCAGAGGUGUGUGCCCGUGUGGUGGGCAGUGUGUGUGUGAGGAGAGGAUAUCAUUUAUGGCUGGCAGUGCUCGUCAGUCUGGCCCCUCUUCUGCAAGGACUAAGCAACCCUAGAAGCAUCUUCUCCAACAGCAACAAUUUCUUCAAUGUGAAGUUUGUGCAUUGCUCCUGUGGCUGGACCUUUCUUCUGUUAUCUGGAUUUGUCUUGUUGGUGUCAUUUGUGCCCACUGGUCGACCAUUCCUCACUGUAAUGCACCUAACAAGGUUGGGAAUUGGUACAGCAUUAUGCCAAGGGAUACCCCACCUCUUCCAGCUGCUAGAGGACUUAACUGGUUCCUGUCACCAGCCUCUACCACCCGGUACACUUCUCCUAACAAAACUAAUCGACAGAGCAAGCUGUCAAUCCGAGGGGCACCAAUGGCAAGGUUAUCACAUAUCCCCUCAAACGUUCACGCUCACACUAUGCAGCUUGUCGAUGGCAGAUGAGCUGGCUGUAUUUGUACGGUAUCUACGAAGAGGCUACCCAGCUAGCACAGCGCUGCGCAUAGUCUUCCUAUUGAAUGCCAGCCUCCUGGGAUUGUAUAACUUGCUAUUGGUGUCUACGGCUCUGUAUGCUCCAAGUUACACACAAAGUGUAGUGGGAGCUGCAGCUGGCACCCUGUUUUGGCACUUGACUUAUCGAGUUUGGUACCGUCGUACAUUUUAUUCACCAGGUCCUCCUGGUCAUGGAAUGUUCCCUAAAGUGAGUGGAGGAAGAAAAAGUUUGGACUCAGAAGGAAAUUUGCAAUAAUAUUUAAGAUGGAUUCUGCCUGUGACACCUUUCCAACUGGUGUGUGCUCCUUGUUAAAUGGAGUGCCAUAUCCUUUGUCGAUUUACAGAUUACACUACAUGCUUGGUAUCCUCAUCUCAUCACUAAAUACCUAUAGACCACAACCCACUUGGCAUCUGUUACGCCACAUUGUGCUGUUUCACUCAGCAAUUCAAUCAAGAUAUUAUGAAUAAGGCCUAAGCCACGUUUUUUCUUGUUAAUCAGGAUAGCUAGUAGGUAGGAGCAGCGGGAUUAUUCUUCAAGCAGAGUGACUCUUCAGACAGUCUUGCAAAAAGAACAUAUGCUACUUUUUUGUGAUGGAUAGUUUCAUUCUUGGAGGACUUCUCUUCUAUGCAAACAAAGAUACCCAAUUAAAAACCUAAUGUUCAACCCAGGAUUCUGGGACUGUUGGUGAUUCAGUGAUCAAAACUCCCAGAGUGGCAUAAUCCUUAAAUGAAUACACUUCAUAUGUAUCACUGAAUUAAGAUUUUCCACUCAGUUCUAAUAUGCUGGCUGCUUAACCCACCACAGCACUGCCUGCCUUUUGACAUACAGUGGAUCUAUCUGAUAUACUAUAGGUAGUUUGGCUUAGGAGUUGAACUACUUGGUCACUAAGCUCUGGCAUUUGUGGUGAGUAUUCUAGAUGUUAGAAAAGGGUAACUGCCAAAGCACUGUGAUACAAACAACUACUCAUCUGAUAGAUGUACAGGGCUGGCCAUAGGGUGGUGGAGGCAAUGUUUCCAGAGCAACAUAUGCUUGCUGUUCCAUAAACACUGCCUACAGCUUUCCCUGUCAAGGGACUCUAGUGGCCCAUCUGCCUCCAGCCAUAGUGGAGCACUACAGGACUACAGGAUAAGCUUUCUUCUAGCCCCUGGACCUGAACAUAGAAUCCACUCGUUGUUAUUAUUAUGUAGGCAUCUGCUCCAUAAAAACCAGCAUAACCUGUUACAUAUAGCAAAAAGUCAUGUUAUUAUUACAUGGGCAUCUACUCCAUAAAAACCAACAUAACCUGUUACAUAUAGCAAAAAGUCAUGUAAAGGGAUAUGUUUUGGCUUAUGUUAAAAAAAAACCAUAUGACCUUGUCAGCUGCUAAAAUUAGUUUUGUCAGUGCCUUUUUAGUUUUACUUUGUCUUUCAGUGCUUUAUUAGCCUUAAAUGUUUGUCUAAUACCAUUUCAAACUUCUAACAAUCGCUUGGUGCAUUUCGAAAUUAUCAUGGUACUGUACAACACAGCUCAAACAAGGGACAUAUAAAAUCCUGUUAAUUGCUUAUUUUGGUGAAUUUGCGUGUGAAAUCUAGAAUAGUCUACAUUUAUUGUGGGUUGGCUCCUAAAUAUUAAGAUAAUGAACUUUGUUUUAUUACAACUAAUUUUGUUUGUCUUAAAAUAAACUUCAAAUAUAAUGUAGACAGGUAGAAUGUCUGCAACUCUGUAACUUUUGUGUUUUUUUGUAAUUAUUUACCUUUCUAGUCUGUCUAAUGCAGCAUAAUGUUGUAUGUGUAUGUACUGAUCUUACGUUACCAGCCCACAUGUUCAGCAGCCGUAUAACAGUAAUGAUCCAAAUUUUGAAAGAUGUCCACAGGACAAUGUUGUAUCUUGUAUUUUGCGAACCAGUGGUACUGCACAUGCUCAGUGUGCUCUGGGCAGCUGUUGAUACAGGGGUCUUCAGAAUUUAUUAAAACAUUAGCGAAAGUGAUAUUACAUCUGUCAUAGUAGCUGAUGCUAUAGGGCUGAUUGAUAAUAGAUAAGGCAAUUUAGAAACUUUUUUACAUGUUAAUUUUAUAUUGUGUGUGUGUGUGUUUAUAUAUAUAUAUAUAUAUAUAUAUAUAUAUAUAUAUAUAUAUAUAGGUUCCAAUGGUUCCAGCACACCGACGCUGAGGUAAAAUAUACCCAGGUGCUAUUCCAUGCCAAAUAUUCAGUAAUCCACAGAAUCAGGAAUGCACACUGGGAAUUUAAAAUAUCUUCAUCUUUAUUUAAUCAUCUUUAAAAAGAAAACAGGUCAACAUUUCGGUCCCCUGCGGCAUCAUCAGGCACAAACCCUCACUACUAAAGGCCUGAGUUGCCUUGGGCUGGUACAGAAUCCCAAAACGUAAUGUACAGCAUGUAUACACUAAUUAUUUGUAGGACUUCAUUUCUUCUGUACCUAAUUCAAACCACAUUUGCAGAAGGUUAUCAAAGCAAUUUACUGUAAUACCUUAUAAAAUGUCAUGAGAAGUGGCUUUCAGGGACUGUAUGUGUUCUAAUAUGUGCAAUAUAUGUAGCUGACUAAAAUACAAAGUGUGUACAGAAUGUAACAUGAUUUGCCCAUAUGUUUAAAACUGUAUCAAAGUACAAAUAGCCACUUAUGUCAUUAGCCUAUUGUCUCACUGUCACUAGCUUUUCUCUGUCUGAGCAACUGUUUGUUCAAAUUAAAUGCAAAAGUUAAUAAAAAAAAAAGUAAAUCUA